UGCCUGAAGUUCCAUGAGAAAGCAUUGCCGGGGAAACUGGUGCCAGGAUCCAGAAAGGCCCUCAGCUGCCACUUGCCAAUGAGCGCUUUUUGUCAACAGAAAAACCUGGGGGUCUGCACCAACCCUGAAGACACCCGGGCCCAAGAGCAUCUCCAGGAUUCCUGGCCACCUCUGCUGCCUGCCAGGACCCCAGCCCCAGUUAAAACCAUCGGAUCAGAGAGGGGACAGCCCCAGCCCCAGCACCUCUUCCAUUAG